GAGUGGGAACCCGUUCUUCUUCACGAGGCUACUUUGAGCAUCGGGGUUAACUUUGGUCUGAAAAUAAAAUAAUGUCCCAGCCUCCACCAAAACCAUGGGAACGCCGAAUCCCAGGAACAAUACCUGCACCACUAAACUAUCGCUCUGCUGACUUUGGAUCAACAGCACAGAGAGGCCCAUCAGUGUCUGGUCCUCCGGUUCUAACACGUGUGGCACCACCCAUCCCUCCCAGACCUGUCCAACAGACAUACCGUCCUACCUACAGCUCAUUUCACUCCUCAUACAGCCCUUAUGGGAGCUCCAUUUAUGGGGGCUACAGCCCCCACAGCUACAGCGGUUACGGAAUUGGAGGUGGCCUGGGUUAUAACCGUUACCAAAACGAUGACAUCCCACCCAGCCAGUUUGUUCAGCAGGCAGAGGAGAGCAGCCGGGGAGCGUUUCAGUCCAUCGAGAGCAUUGUCCACGCCUUCUCGUCGGUCAGCAUGAUGAUGGACGCUACGUUCUCUGCUGUGUACAACAGCUUCCGUGCUGUUCUAGAUGUUGCUAAUCACUUCUCUCGUCUGCGUAUUCAUUUCACAAAAGUGCUGUCUGCUUUCGCCUUGGUGAGGACCCUUAGAUAUCUGUAUCGCAGACUACAGAGGCUGCUGGGAUUACGUGCGGAUUCGGAGGUGGAUGACCUGUGGGCGGACAGUGCAACCUCCACCGUGGUGUCAGCUUCAGGGGGAGCAGGGAUAGAUGACCCCAGGGUGAAUUCUGUCAAAUCAUGGCCCAUUUUCUUGUUUUUUGCUGUAGUUCUCGGGGGGCCAUAUUUGAUCUGGAGGCUUUUGAGGUCUGCAGAGGGUUCUGAGGAAAAUGCCACUAGCUGGGCAAGUGGGGAAGAUGACCAUGUGGUAGCAAGAGCUGAAUAUGAUUUCACAGCUUCGUCCGAGGAGGAGAUCUCACUACAGGCUGGGGACAUGCUUAACUUGGCCCCUAAGGAACAACAACCCAGGGUACGUGGCUGGCUGUUGGCCAGUGUGGACGGACAGACCACUGGACUUAUCCCUGCCAACUACGUCAAAGUGUUGGGCCGGAGGAGAGGUCGAAAGCAUGCAGAAUUGGAGAGGCUGGCACAAGCCCAGCAGGCUGCUCAGAACUUGCCAUCAUCCCAAAUUGCUCUAAAUUCAGCUUCUCCUUCAGCUUCCAACUCCACUCCUGCCUUCCAUGGCUUAUCAGAACCACAUGAGCUCAUGGAAUCUGUGUAUGGGGAAACACAUGACCCUCACAGUGCCCUGGAAGUACAUCCUUCCACAAAUGACAGCAGAAACAAUGUAGACAUAACAUCAGAAAAGAUAGACUUAUAAUUAACCUGUGUGUGUGCGUGAAAAGCAGAGGUGAAUGGUUAUACUCAGCUCCCUGAUAAUCAGUGGAAUGUAUCAUAGAUUUUUAUUCAGCAAUUUCUUGUCGACUGUUAGGAUCUCUGUGUUUAUCAAUAUUUGUUCAAAUGUGUUUAGUAUUUCAGCAUAAUGACCUAAUAAUUUAUUUUGAAUAAUAAUUUUAUUAAUUUGAAUAUGUUCACAUCGAGCAUAAAAUUAAAAAAGGUUACAAAUAUGUUGCUAUUCAAGUAUGCAGUGCAUUUGAUCUCGUUCAAUUGCGAGUUCCCAGUCUGUACUUUCAUUUCAAUUUGAUUUUAUUUACAAAUUUCACUAUAGGAGAAUAGUUGUUCAUGUUUCUGUCCUGUUUUAAGUUGUCGCAUCAUGUAUAAAAUCAUGUAUAAAUUGUGGAUAUUUCUGUAUUUUCAUGUUUAUCUUAUAAUUUCCUCAAUGUGCAAUUAUGUACAUAUAAGCAAUUAUAUUCUGAGUAAAUCCUUUAAAAAUACUUAACUAUAGUCAAUUUUGAUGAAUUUGAGGAUUACAUACAUCAUAUUAAA